CUUCCUGAAGGCUGUCGUGUUGCUGCAUACUGGAGCCAGCAGUACCACUGUCUCUACCCCGGCACCGUAGUCAACGGAAGUUCAGACGGUGAUGACAGUGAUGACCUCGUCACGGUGGAGUUUGAUGACGGUGACACGGGUCGCAUCCCCCUCUCCCACGUCAGACUGCUGCCCCCUGACUACAAGAUACAGUGUGCUGAGCCCUCCCCCGCGCUGCUAGUGGCCAGCUGCUCCAGGAGGCGUGUCAGGAAGUGCAGCAAGGACACCAGUGAGACGAGGCCUAAAGCAGGGGACUCCGCCCCCAAGGGCAGAGGGAGACCGGCCAAGAAACCCAAACCCAAACCUGAGCCCCCAUUGAGCCCAGACCCCCGGGAGACGAUGCCCCCCCCGGGACCCAGCCAGGCUCCAGACAGACCUCAGCUCCCCACCAGACCAGCCCAGUACAAGCCCUCCUCCUCCCAGAGACCUGCUCAGGAAAGACCCCUGUCUGCCCCCAGGCCGGGACCAGGCCGACCCUCCAAGCCCACCAGCACCCCCAGCCUGCCUGCCCCCCCACGCAGCCAGAACCCUAGGAGACCCAGCCCAGCCUCUCCCAAGCCCCCCUCCCUCUACCACCCAGCCCCUUACGGGAAGAUACUAAGGGUGGACCUGUACAGCCAACCCAACCUCACCUCUUGUAACGUCAGCACCCAACCUAACCCUAAAACCAACCCGAAGUCUAAACUCUCCCCUCCACUACUUAAACCCAACUCUACUUCCCCUAUCAUCAGACCCAAGCCUCUUCUACCAAACCCUAAAACCAACCUUACCACCGUACCAAAAUCCAAACCUAGACCUGACUCUAGAGCAGAACUCCCUGGGCCUGCAGCUAACUUUAAUCCUGAUCACAACAAACCCAGAACCGCUCCCAAAGCAAUCUCCAGACCCAAACAGAACCAUAACAAACCCAGGCCCACCCUGGAUCCUUCUACCAGGCCCAGAACCAGCCCUGGGUCUAGCUCUAGUACCUCCAAACCUAGAACCAGCCCUGGGCCCAGCUCUAGUACCUCCAAACCCAGCCCUGGGCCCAGCUCUAGUACCUCUAAACCCAGCCCCGGGCCCAGCUCUAGUACCUCUAAACCCAGACCCAUCCCCGGGCCCAGCUCUAGUACCUCUAAACCCAGAACCAGCCCCGGGCCCAGCUCUAGUACCUCUAAACCCAGAACCAGCCCUGGGCCCAGCUCUAGUACCUCUAAACCCAGAACCAGCCCUGGGCCCAGCUCUAGUACCUCUAAACCCAGACCCAGCUCAGACCUCUCUGCUGUCAGAUCCAGACCGGACCCUAGCACCUUUAUUCCUGGUAUCUCCAGACCCAGGCAUGUCCUGGGGGUGGGAGGGCAGGGCGGGGUGCGACAGGGGCGUAAGGCCCUCCUAGAGGAACCCCUAGUAAAGCUGGACCACGAAGGCGUGACCUCACCCAAGACCAAGAAGACCAAGGCUCUGAUGCUGCUGGAGGCCAGGGGCUUACGGCAAGAACACACACCCUCGCCACGGAGCGAGGCGGGGCUGCUGGAGGCCAGGGGCUUACGGCAAGAACACACACCCUCGCCACGGCCGCAGCCAGCCAGAAGCCGGCGAGGGGAAAGGGGAGGGCUCCGGAGAGCGAGGCGGGGCUGCUGGAGGCCAGGGGCUUACGGCAAGAACACACACCCUCGCCACGGCCGCAGCCAGCCAGAAGCCGGCGAGGGGAAAGGGAGGGCUCCGGAGAGCGAGGCGGGGCUGCUGGAGGCCAGGGGCUUACGGCAAGAACACACACCCGCCACGGCCACAGCCACCCAGAAGCCGGCGAGGGUAAAGGGGAGGGCUACGGAGAGCGAGGCGGGGCUGCUGGGGAGAGAACCCGCCUACAGAACGCCUUCUCUGGGCAGAGAAAGAGACCGGGGUGGAGGGGGGGACAGAGAACCAAAGAGAGAGGAGAGAACAAAACAAGGGGAAGAGAAGAGAGGGGAGGAGACAGGGGAGACGAGAGGGGGGUCUCACAGCAGCAGUAGUUCAGGAUCUGAGGAAGAGGAGGAGACGAGGAAGAAAACGAAGUGUAGCUCCAGCUGCUCCCACCCCUCCUCCCCAGCCUCCUCCUCCUCAUCCUCCUCUAGCACCUCCUCUUCCUCUUCCUCCUCCACUGACGAGGAGUCCUCUUGUAGUUCUGACGAGGAGACCGCCCCCGCUCCCCCUGCACCUCUCCCCGUCUCCCCCCCUCCAACUACCCCACAGGAGGAGGUGGAGGUGGAGGAAGAGAAGGAGGAAGAGGAAGAAAUUAAGAAGUUGAAAAAGGCGGAAGAGGAAGAGGAGGAAGAAGUAUUAGAAGAAGAUCAAUCUCCCUCCUCUCCUCCCCGUCUAUCUCCCCGUCCUCCCAGCCAGCCAGGCCCCGUGGUCGUCCAGCCCGGCAGAAGUCCCAGGGAGGUGUGGGGUCGGUGGGCAGGGCCACGGCGCAGGGAGGGGGCCCACCUCCCCACCACCAAGGAGCUGGCUAAGAGACAGCGCACGAGCGUAGAGAACAGACCCAAGAUCUCUGCCUUCCUGCCUGCCAGACAGCUCUGGAAGUGGUUCGGUAAUCCCACACAGAGGCGUGGUAUGAAAGGCAAGGCUAAGAAGCUGUUCUACAAGGCCAUCGUGCGGGGGAGAGAGAUGAUUGGUAUCGGGGACUGCGCCGUGUUCCUUUCCGCAGGCCGACCCAACCUGCCCUUCAUAGGGAAGAUCCAGAGCAUGUGGGAGAGCUGGGGAUCCAACAUGGUGGUCAGAGUCAACUGGUUUUAUCACCCGGAGGAGACCAACCCUGGCAAGAAACUACACCACAAGAAGAACUGGGAUCAGAUGUCUGGUCAGUCUCUUCCUUCAUCUCUGCUCUCCUCUAACCAGAGGAAAGACUUCAUGGAGCGGGCUCUGUACCAGUCGUCCCACAGCGAUGAGAACGAUGUCCAGACGGUCAGUCACAAGUGUCUGGUGGUCAGCGUGUCGGAGUACGAAAGCAUGACUCUGACGCGUCGCUACGCCGACAGCCAAGACCUGUACUACCUGGCCGGGACAUACGAGCCCACCACGGGUAUGAUCUACAACACGGACGGAGUCCCCAUCAUCUGGAUGGACGACACGCCUAACGACACCCGACCAACGCCAAGCUCGAUCCGGCGCUCAUAG